AUGGUGAUGACUUUUCUGGUGGUACUCAGCAAGGAAAUGGGUAAACCUGAAAACUGUGCUAAGAACAAAACCGUCCUGGCCUCCAUGAUACCUAGGCCACAGACUCUCUCAUCAGAGAGUUUUUCUCAUGGCCCCUCCUUUCUUCUUCCAGGCUCCAUCUCGGUGAACGGCCGCAGCAUGCCCUUCUCCACCAAUGAAGGCAGUGAGAUCCUGGACCUGGAUGGUGAGAUGUACCUUGGUGGUCUCCCAGAGGAAAGCAAGGCUCAUCCUCUGCCCCCCGAGGUGUGGACAGCAUCUCUGCGUUUGGGUUUCGUGGGCUGCAUGCGGGACAUGUUUGUUGACGGCCGGAGCCGGGACUUGCGGCGUCUGGCUGAGCUGCAGAGUGCAGCAGGCGUCAGUGUCUCCUGCACACGUGAGACCCACCGGCGCUGCAGCACCGAGCCCUGUGCCCACGGCGGCCACUGCCACGAAGGCUGGAACCGACACAUAUGCGACUGCACUGGAACCGGAUACCUGGGACCCAACUGUGAAACCGGUGAGGGUGGGAAGGCUUUAGGGUAGAGGGUAGAGAGCAGAGGGGGACUUGGAGCAUUGUACUGCAUUGUACUGUUUGUGAUCUGAGCAGAAAUGAGUAAUGCCACAUGAUCCACAAGCUUACAGAAAUGGAAUCUUAUUCACAGUGGCACAAAUUCACUUUGCCCUUUGUUUGUGUUCUGAUAGUGUUGUGGGAUUUCUAACUCACUUCUGCCAUCUGUUGUCUCUAAGUGGAAUAUCAAUGACAGAAGCACAUCAGUAAUUUUUUCUAAUGGAGACCAAAUAUCUAAAUUAGUAGGAUCAAAUGUCAGUCCUGGUGUUAUGGAAUGAGGUCUUAGUAAACUUAAAUUUAGCUUGAAUGAUAAAUAAAUUAGCUGGACUGUUCAAAUUAGAUCAUACGUCAGAUUUUUUUUUUUUUGGAGUAUUAGUCUGCCUGAUUUCUCAACAUUUUGAGAACAUUAUAAAAUAGAAAUUAUGUAUUAAUAUUAUCUGUCACUGUGACCGAUUCAAAUCAUAUAUAUAUUCUUACAGUAGUCAUUCGUGAUUGAUAUGUGCACGCAAAAUAAAUGUAUAUUUUUAAUAGAUUUUUUUUGGAGGUAGGGAGGGUGUUCAUAGUAAAGCUUCGAUAUAAUUAGUGUAAAAUUCAUUACAUUAAUUAACAAACACAGAGCUUCUUGCUGAGAUUUCUUGCUGAGAUAUUGUUCUUUAUUGAUAUUGUUAAUUUGGUUUGGGAGAAGCCUUUUUUCCCCCCUCAGAUGCUAUUCUUGCAUUAGCACUGACAAAAAUCUGCCAGAAUUCAACUGACAGAAUUUUUUCAUCUAUAAAAAAAAUAAAUCAGCUGUAGCUGCUAAACAAGAACUAUACCGUUCUUGCGUCGUUAUGCACGAAACAACAAUAAGCAGAGCACAAUGGCUAACAAGGUGAUGUUCUGAUAUGGCUGAGCAUUGCACAGCAAGACAGGAAAUCACAUUUGUUGUAAGUUCUGUCAGCCCGCUGGUUCUUUCUACCUAUGACAAUCUCACCCUCGUCUCGGCAUGUUCCUGUUUCCACUAUAUUAGCACGCAUAUGAAGCAUAUUUCAGGUAAUCUUAUGAAAAUUAUACACUUCUAUUCUAACCAGUGUUUAAAUCCAGAUUAGCUGAGCGAGUGAGAUGCAUUAAAGCUCAACCUUAUCCCCCAUACUGCGUUUCUUUAUUCUUUUAUUCACUAUGUGCAUGUUAGUAAAGCUGAAACUCCACGGAUGUGUCUUCAGAUCACACUGUUACCACAUGCUGUCACACAAGAGUGUUCUGAUUGUGCAGCCUGUAGCUACAGAGUGUUAGUGAGUAUGCUUGAGCCUUAUUCUGUAGCAUUCAGAGCAUUAGUCUGGUAUACUGAGAGCGUUUCAGGCAUGAAGGAUUUCUUUUUCUUUUUUUUUUACUUAAAUCCCUAAGAUGUGUAAUAAUAUAAAAUGCUAUAGAAACAUAAUCCAAAAAUGCUCUGUUGCACCCACACCAUGUUUUAAUUGUGAAUAACCAGAUAAUAAGAUAAUAAAUCAGUGUGUGAUGUUUCUCCUGUGCAGAGUCCACAGUGCUGAGUUAUGAUGGCAGCAUGUUUCUGAAGGUGCUCAUGCCUCGCGCCAUGCACACAGAAGCCGAGGACGUCUCGCUGCGCUUCAUGUCCCAGAGGGCUUAUGGUCUGCUCAUGGCCACCACCUCCUCAGAGUCCGCCGACACCCUGCGCCUGGAGCUGGACGGGGGAAAAGUCAAACUCACCGUCAACUUAGGUAAUCUUCGACCUCUGACCCUGGUAUUGCCUGCUCUCUGGAUGAUGUCCAAAGGCAUUAACAGUGCUGAGGGUAGAUUCAGCAGGUGGCGCUGUUCGUCAUCACAUGGGGUUCUGUAGUUCAUUAUUAUCAAAAAUCAUUAUUCUUCUCUUCUCUUUCCCUGUUUUCUCCUUCUCUUCUCUAACCCUGUUUUAUCCUUCUGUUCUCUUACCCUCUUGGCUCCUUCUCUUCCCUUACCCUCUUUUACCUUCUCUUCUCUUACCCUGUUUUCUCCUUUUCUUCUCUUACCCUGUUUUCUCCUUUUCUUCUCUUACCCUGUUUUCUCCUUCUCUUCUCUUACCCUGUUUUCUCCUUCUCUUCUCUUCUCUUACCCUGUUUUCUCUUUCUCUUCUUUUCUCUUCUCUUACCCUGUUUUAUCCUUUUCUUCUCUUACCCUGUUUUCUCCUUCUUUUCUCUUCCUUUACCCUCUUUUCUCCUUCUCUUCUCUUACCCUGUUUUCUCCUUUUCUUCUCUUCUCUUACCCUGUUUUCUCCUUCUCUUUUCUUCCCUUACCCUCUUUUACCUUCUCUUCUCUUACCCUGUUUUCUUCUUCUCUUCUCUUCUCUCUUCUCUUCUCUUCUCUUACCCUGUUUUCUCCUUUUGUUCUCUUCUCUUACCCUGUUUUCUCCUUUUUUCUCUUCUCUUACCCUCUUUUCUCCUUCUCUUCUCUGCUCUUCCUCUCUUUUCUCCUUUUCUUCUCUUCCCUGCUUUUCUCCUUCUCUUCUCUUCCCCUUUUUUCUCCUUCCCUUCUCUCACCGUGUUUUCUCCUUCUCUUCUCUUCUAUUACACUAUCUCCUUCUCUUCUCUUCUCAGCAUAGCAUUCACUCCAUCUCUACAGCCUUCAAUGGCUAUCGUGUCUGCAGCUCUGGAGCAGACAGCCAGGAGACCAGCUCACUUAGCUAGUGGAUAAUAAGACUUUGAACUGUGAAAUCCAGUGGUUUUAUUUUAAGUCCCCCCUUGACACCACUCCCCCCUCUUGCCCCAAACCCCACAUUCCCAGGAGAUGUGGCUGUCGCUCUUUCUGCUCUCUGCAUCUCCAUACACAGUCAAUGGAAGUUGACUGAGAUGCUCUAAGAGCACAGACUUCAUAUCCAUUCUGCUAUAUGCACAGUGUAAUUAGUCACAUUUCAAUGCACAUUCCAAUCUUACAUAAAUAACAUUCUGGCCCUGACACCUCACAUAUAAAUAUCUUAUUUAAUGUAGCGUAUCCCAGUUAGGCUCUUAUUCCAAUUACCCAAACCCAGAGGAAAAUAGAUUGCAUAUUCCUUCAAUAAGCCACAAAUGGAAAGCAUGAAAACAUCUUAAAUAUUUGAUGUGGCUCCAGCAUUUGUGUGAAUUUGUGGCGUGUGGCAGGGAGUUGAAGUGUAGACGACAUGCAUCGUUCAGCCUUGGGCUGGAAAUUGAGAUGUCCCAAUUAGAGGAUUUAUGCUCCAUUUCAUACAGACCUGUCACUGUUUUCUACCAAAUAACAUAGUGAUUGGGGAAAAAAAAAGAUUGUUUGGAAGUCACAUUAGGACACAACAGUACCUUCACAAAUGUAUAAUUUCAUUACUCCAGCCUUUUUUCAGCCAUGUAUAAAAUAUAUGGAUUACCAUGGACGAGAUUUUCACACAUUUCCCUUUAGCAACAAAAAAAAGAAAGAAAACCUGUUUGCUUGACUAAAUUUAAUGACAGUUUUUAGGGCGUCAAUAAACAUUUAUUCAAAACGUGUAGGUAAG